AAACCUAAACAAGUUUGGCUUUCAUCCAUUCCCGCGCGAAAUGAGUCGAUUUCCACGAGAGGCUUCGCUGUGAAGCUGUGCAGUUCGCUUCGGUGUGGCCUUACACCGCAAUUCGGAUUCCUGACAGCUUUCACAUUGCUGCGACUCAGAAUCUCCUGCGUGAAUUCGAGUUGCGCACGGCAGAAUUUUCAUGUGUUCGUCUAUGCCUGUGAUUUUCUGAGUAAUUUUUUUUACCUAUGAUUCGACAUCGCAAUUUUAGUUGCCGCAGUUGUCUCUGUGAUUGGAAUACACACUGUGUUGUGAUCCUCGCGUAGGAUUUUAAAUCAUAUCUCGCGUCCAGAGACUGACGAGAUCCAUAAUUUUGCACCCCCGCAGUUGGCCGUAGUUUAGUUCGUCCGCGUGCGUGGAUGCGGGAACGAAGCGAUAUUGCUGUGCUUUGUUCCUUCCGAUUGGUUGAAUGGUGUUUCAUCUAAAUUUGGUCUUGUGUGAGGGUCAUUCUGGUUCUUCACUAAGGUGCUAAGACAUUCACUAGCACUGCUAGCAUUCAAGCAUUCACCAGCACGAUCUAUAUUCGUUUAUAAGUUACUCCUGGUCACCAUUUGACUUCCUCAGGUUUUUUGUAGGAUGUUCUUGCUGCUAGAAAUUGUACCUUGCAAAUCAUCUGUAUAGAUCAUAGGCCGUUGCAAGGAAUGAAAUGUCGAAGUCGGAGCUACACAGUGAAAGAGCAUUGCGUCACCCUGAAAUUGUUUCGUUUCAGCACUAUUUAGGUUCUGACAGGAUGUUCUGCUCUACUGAUGCAGCUGCGUUGAUUCUUAGUUCUUAUGUCAAUUUCGGUUGAUUGAAUCCUACGACGGUGCUAUAUGUUAGUGUAUGCAAAGUUUUCAUGUCCUAAGUAAAUUGUGCAAAGCUGCACGUCGAGGUCUUCCUUUGUUCUGUACCUCGUCAGUUGUUGCCCACAUAUGCCCCUCGGAUCAUGAGUUAAUCAAUUAUUCUCUUUCGUUUUGGUGAACUCAAGUCCAAUGGAGUUCGACGAUGAGAUUGUUGAAGAGGUGUUGUCAGCAGGGUCCUCCCAGCUGACGGAAAAGCAACGUACCUUUGCAGAGCUUAUAUUAUCCAGGAAUGAUGAAGUAAUACUGGAAGCAUUCGAUAAGCGUUGUAGGAAUGGGAAUCCUGGACAAGCAGUGUUAGAUUACACACGAGCAUUAUUUCGUUUCUUGAUGCCUUUGGUAGAUAAGGACGAAUUUUCUAGGUCCGCCAAGCUUUUGGUUUUGGUGGUUGUGCGCGUCAUUGAGUUAAUAAAUGAUCAGAAGCUCUGCACAGACAGGAAGGUUUUGGAAUGUCUUUCAUUUUUUGCACAAGAGCUGAGCUCAUUGCCCUGCCGUCUUCUUCCAUCGGUCGUGGAAGCAGUAGUGUCAAAUUUGGAGAUCGAUGGGGCCAACGAUGAAGGCAGAAGCCUAGAGCUUCUCCCAAAUUGCUUGUCGAUAAUAUCAUCGUCAACUGAACCGGUGCUCGUGUCUGGAGAACAGGGCGACAACCUUCAAAUAAGUGGAAGAGAAUACAAGGAACACAUUGUGUCUCGUUUCCUAGCUAUUCCAUGGUCCAAACGGCUGCUGACGAGGAUGGCAUGCAUGGUGCGGGAGCUGCUCCUAGAUUCGGAUCAGACUGAAGAUUUUCUCAAGAAAAUUUUCAGUCACAUGAAGGAAGUUGAGCCCCAAGAUUUGCCAUCUCUUGUCUAUCAAUUGAUAUUACUCGCUUCUCGUGGCCACAAACAAGUUAUAAUUCAUGGAAUUAUGUCCUUCUUCAGCAAGUUACAAUCCUCCGACUUGCAAGAUAUUGCACAAAACGGGUCAAAAAGUGGAAUUGAUCUAUUCCGUCAAGUGGAAGGAACCGUCAUUCUUCAUAUCAACUUUGCCGUUAAGCAGGAUCCGGCUCUUGGAGUCGAAUGGCUUGCUGUUGCUCGAUCUAUUCAAGGAGCAGUUAGUCCUUUUUCGGUGGCUGUAUUGCUUUCUCUAGCUCGAAUCCAAAGGUUCGAGCAACAAUGCUUUGAUAUUCUCAAAGCGGCUGCGGUGAGGCCUUUUCAAGAUUGUGAGAGGUGCAGGGAUUCAUUGUGGACAUCCUCAGUAUUGGGUACCACGUGUCUGCGGACAGCCAAAGACACGGAAUCGUCUUUCAUGCGUACGGUUCAAAACAGUGCAUUUGGAUGGGACCACAUAAUACCCAGUGUUGUGCAGCUAGGCUUCAUCUUUAUUGAAUCAGGAGCAGGUGGUCGAUCCUUGCCAGCUGAGGACGUAGGACGUGCGGAACGCGCUACAGAUACUCAGGACUUGGGCUUAAGGAUUUUGGUAGCAGCUUUUAAAGUGCACGAAAUAGCACGUGACGAAAUCAUUGAACAGAGUAAGUGCCGGAUAAUAGGUCUCAAGUCUCAACAGAGCACUUUAAUCAUCAGGAUGUUGGCGGAACUUGUGCAAAAAUAUCCGUUACUAAUGCUGGACCACUGUUCACGUCUGAAAGAAUGUCUAGACUACUUCACUUUCUUGCCUAGCAAUCCAGCUUCUUCUAUAAUUCAAGCUCUGUGCCCGUUAUUUCAGCUCAGUCUAGAUCUUCAGGAUUACACAAUUCUUGUAUUGAGAAAGUCCAUGUUCAGCCGUGAAGCGAAUAUUCGCAUGAUUGCUGCACAAGGACUGCUGGAUUUGAUCAUCGCCGAUAAACAAGCUCGUGUGCUUGUGAAUAAGAGUUCAGAAUCUGAGUCUUGGUUAAGGAUGUCAAUGAGUGAACCGAGCUCUAGUCAGUCCAGCCAACAAGUGCCAAGACGAGGUAUGAAUGGGCGCAACAAAAACCUUCUUCAGGAACUCCUCGGGCUGCUACGACGUUGUCUUUCUCAGCAGGUCUCUGUCAGGGAAGUUUUGUAUAAACGACUUCCUAGUCUUCUACUUGUGGAUCCUGCAUCGGCUGAAGAAGUGUUUGAUCUUGUUUGGCACCACUUUAGCCACUUCUACGAGGAAAAAGAGGAUGACGCUGUUAUUCUGAAAUUAAAUGACUGUGUCGUUAUCCGAAAUAUGAAUUUGCAUGUGGAAGAGCCUCUCGAUCAUCUGGUGGCAUGUGUCCAUCACUUACUAACCUUGCAGCCACAAGGGUCGCCUGGAGAUGAUUCUGCAACUGCAGCAAACACGUUUGGUUUCACACUCUCUGAAGAACAAGAUAAAAGACAGUUAUCUAGUGGUGAGUUACUGGGUGCAGCUUUUUCCAAGAUUCGAAAAGUUGUGCAAGUUGGUUCGUUAGGAGACUUUCAACUUGACAAAACAGAAAACUUCUCGCUUGAGACAGUGGAGGGUGAGCGAAAACUGGAGCAAGGGCGUCUUUUCUUGGGAAUUUUGGAGGUGCUAAUGGAUGCAGCUGUAUUGGAGCUGAACCGCGUAGAUAAAGAGUCUCGUCAGAAUGAAAUCAAACAAGAACUUAAAAACUACCUUUCUCUGUUUGAUUCUCUUUACCAAAUUGUUAACCAGAAGCAGCACGUGAAAGCGUCUAAACAUCUGUACAAGGCAAGCUCUACCGCUAAGGCUCCGAGCAGGAGAGGUCGCAAGCCAGCAGAUUCAGGAGCCCAAGGUGGAAACGCAGUACAGGCUAGACAAGUGAAAUUUGCAAUGCCUCGAGCAGCACUAGACAAACGUGUUCCGUUCUUAUCCGGUUCUUGCAUUGCAUACCUUCUCCAUACCGCCACAGACCAGGAAGAUUAUGAACUUCUUUCGUUUGCUCUUUCGAGCUGUUUCAGACACUUAAAGGGGAUUGCGAGAACGCCGUCAGAUGAAAAAGAGGCCCAAACAUCCUUAGAAGUUCACGGUCAUGACUGGAAAAUGAUAGCGAACCCUCUUUUUAGGAUUAUUCUCUUGAACAAGACCGAGAUUGCAUCACCACAUUCUCCAACUGAAAACCCUCAGGAGAAGCCGAAAAAGGGAAGAAAACCAUCUGAGGACUUGGCAGAAGGACCCAUGCUUAAUGCUGUGAGAUCUUUGGAUGUUCUUUGUAGGAUAGCGUUGCAGAGAGGCAUUCUGCCAGAGAUAUUGCGUGAUAUAAGUCUGGACUUUAACAGUGAGGUGUAUGAUGACCUAUUGGACGCUUCAAAUAUUCGUACUUUUGGAACCAUGGAAGGAACUGAUGCAAAACUUCUACAUUACUGGAUCUCCCAUCAUAUGCAACCUUUGAUUAAGGAGUUACUUGACCAUUCGCAAUUCAAAGAGAUUGAGGUUUUGGCUAAGCUCGUACUUCUGCUUGGUCAAAAACUACCCCUAUCGAUGAUGAAAAAGCAGGCGGUAUGGGUAACCCGGAUCUGCAAAGAAACGAGUGUAUCAAAUGUAGGGGUUGCAUUGGCUUUGGCAGCCUUAGCAUUAUCCUUAAAUGUUCCCCCGGAAGAUCUUAAUUUCGCAAGAGGAUUGUCCUCAGAACUGCUUAAGGUGAUGGGCUUUGAGGAGAGUCAGCCGCAAGAAUCAUCACUGAAUUAUCCAAUCAUGGAUAGUACCACAAAGAAUACAUUAGCUGGUUUGCUCUUGCAACAUGGUGAGAAGGUUUUGAAGGAUGUGGAAUGGUUGGUAACAAAGAUCAAAACCUUCAAACCGGUGAGGCGUACCGAGACUAGAAGCACUAUUGCAGGCUUCUUAGCAGCACCGAGGCGGGCACAAUUGGAGGAAAUGCUAUACACACGCAUGGAGGCGGUAGUGCUUAUGCUUUCUGACUUCUGCACUUUGACUCUACCAGGGACACUGGCAGAGCAGUUUUUGAAAUUUGCUACGCAUUUGUAUAAGUGCCUGGCAGCAUCUACGAAAAUGUGUAUCGCGACCAAGGGUUUUAUUCAAAUACUACCUAGCAACCGAUUUCAAAAGCUUGCUGAAGUAACUUGCACGAAGCUGACAGCACCGCUCUACCUUUUUAUGGCUGUCAUGCAGCGGGACCAACACGAGAAUCAAUCUUUUUCGAAGAUACGACGAGAAGGAAGAACCAUCCCGAAUCUAAUCUAUUACAUUGAGGAUUACGAGCGGUAUUUGAUUCAACUGAGUCGAAUUACCAAGGUGAACCUUAUGCGGCACGCAAAACGUAGCACUGCACGUGAUUUUAAGAUCAUGGACACAUUUAAGAAAGCCAGGACUGUGGUUCACAGAAACAGUGGGGAAGCUCAGCGGAGGGCUGAAGAACGUGAGCCAGAUGAAGAGAGAGAAGAGGGAGAACAAGAGGAAGAAGAGAGGACGGGAGAGCAAGCUGUAGCAGGCGAAGAAGACGAUGAACCUGUAAAUGAAUUUCCUCCUAAUGAGGCGGGGGUGGAUGAAGAAGAAACAGAAGAUAAUGUGGUAGAAGACAUUGAGCCCGUGGAGAUCGGUGCAGGUGAUGGAGAUCACGAAGAAAAUGAUGCCGUGGUUGAGGACAGUGACGAGGAGGGUAUACAAGCAGUGCCAUUGCACGUAUCUGAAAGCCGACAGCACUCAAGAGGGUCAGCACUUAAACGAAGGAGCAGAGUAGUGGAUUCAGAUGAGGGAUCUGAUGAUGAUCUACCUGUUUCACACAAAGUAUCUGCAAAGAGGCAGCGCAGCUUGUAAUAUUGUGUAUUCUCAAAGAACAAUUAUCUUUGCAGAGUCGGUUUUCAGAUUUUUCCUUUACAUUCAUGUUCUGGCGCAGCAUGUUCUAAAGUUACUCCACUUUUCUCGUUUAGUGACAGAUCUCUGUAUGUAGCCUUGUGGACUGUUUCGCAUGACCCCGGAGACAGUUUUGAUGGGGCAGGUGACAUGAAAGUUGGACAUUGAACAUCAACUUGCUGUAGUGGUCCUCGUAGCGGCGUCCGAUAGUUUUUUUUUAUCUUCAAUUGUCUGUGCAGUUUGUCGAAUUGGUAUAUUGUCAAAUAUGCGAACCCAACAUUUUUGGAUUGAAUAUUUCCCUCUAGCACAUGAUGUGCGUGACAGUUGGUCA